CAUCUGAGAAUGGACUUGGAAAAACGCUAAUCUAUCUUUUAAACUUAAACCUCAGUUCAUCACUGUCAACUAUUAGUUUCACUUUGAUUUUACACGUCAUAUCCAGAAGUCCCCUGAACGCGUCUUUAAACUGACUGUGUUAGCGGCAGCACCUUCAAUCUCCACCGGCUGCUCCGAACUGCAAACAGACUGAAGGGGACUGAAAAACAGCCGAUUCAACAUCACGUAACUUAAACUAUUUGGAUGCUGUCAGUUAACGUAAACCCGCUUGAGUAGGCAUCUCAAUAACACCAAGUUUUACUGACAAAUCCGUUAGUUUUGCUAACUGUUAGCCGUGUUAGCUUUGCUAGCUAUACAGUUAGCCUGGCGUCACUUCCUACUUUUGAAACUCGCGGCCAGAAAGUAACGAAGCAGAGAUGGAGUUACAAGUGGGAACUGAACCGAUGACUCUGGGCUCUCCCACCUCUCCUAAGCCAACCCCUGGUGCUCAGUUUUUGCCCAGCUUCCUGAUGGGUGACCUGCCAGCUCCAGCUAGCCCACAGCCCCGCUCCUUCAGCCUGGCCACGCCCAUCGUGGAGAGCACAGGUGGAGGAGGCUCCGCCCCACAGCCCGUUGUCCCCACCCCCAAGGAUAAGAGUGGAGCCCCGCCUGUGCGCAGUAUCCAUGACGACCUAAUUAAUGUAGCUACGCCCCUCAGCGCACAUAGGCAGGCUUUUCCAGUGAUGCAGUCUCCUCUGUCUGGACGUCAGGCCCCAACUCCAGGAACAGGUGUGCAGCAGCUGUGUCUGUCUCCAGCUCAGGUGGAUCCGUUCUACAGUCAGGGAGAGUCUCUGUCUGCUGAUGAUCAGCUCGACCAGACCUGGGUCACUGUGUUUGGUUUUCCUCCAGCCUCAGCCUCCUACAUCCUCCUGCAGUUCGCUCAGUACGGAAACAUCCUCAAACACACGAUGGCGUCUCCUGGUAACUGGAUGCAUCUUCAGUAUCAGUCCAGGCUUCAGGCCAGGAAAGCUCUGUCUAAAGAUGGAAAAGUGUUCGGUGACGCCAUCAUGGUGGGAGUCAAACCCUGCAUAGACAAGAGUGUGAUGGACUGCAGUGAAGCCGUCUCGUCUCCCCUCUCCACCUCCUUCUCCUUCUCCUCCUCCAUCCUGCCCUCCACUCCUCGCUCCGCCAUCAGACCGCUCAGUGCCACCUACAGGAGCUCCGGCAGUGACUACCAGGUGGUAGCAGACAGACAGACACCCAGGAAGGACGACAGCUUUGUUUCCAAGGCAAUGGAGUACAUGUUUGGCUGGUAACAUCACACAAGGCAUCAUGGGAUACUUGCAGCCUAAAGACUCACUACACUGUGUGCGUGUGUAUUGUGUGUGUGUGUGUGUGUGUGUGUGUGUGUGUGUGUGUG